AUGGUGUUCAAAAGUAUCGUGUCCUCAUGUAAGAAACGUGUACGUGUGGUCUUCUUUGGAAAAAGAGGUCUUUACAGAUAUGAUAACAUUAAGGAUAUUGAGAUGGAAAGAUUAUUAUCCCAGAUUGUCCUAAAACCUCCCGGUCGAGUGCUGGAGAAAGCUCCUCGCGUCUCCAUGGCAACUGCUUCAGCAUCUCGCCCCGCCCCAGGAUGCAGCUUGAAAUCUGGCUUCCCGGGCAUCUGGCUGGGAGCACUGGGCCUGGCCUCCAGCCAGAACCACGAGAUCUCACCCGGCCUUUCCCAGCCCCGGAGGUGUCGCCGCGAGGCGCGGGAGUCCCAGGGAGGGAAGGUACACUGGGGACCUUCAUGCCCGCCUUCUCCAAUGUCAUCAACCCACCUUCCACAAACUCCAGAAGAGCCUGAUGAGGUUAUUGCAGUAAAGAUGGAGGAGGAAGAGCAGGGUUCUAGUCUCCACUGAAAUAGCUGCUACAGCCCAGACACUUUCCGUCAGCAUUUCAGGCAUUUUCACUAUCAGAAUUCCCCUGGGCCCCGGGAGGCUCUGAGUCAGCUCGGAGAACUUUGUUGUUGUUGCUGGCUGAGGCCAGAGUUGUACUCCAAGGAGCACAUCCUGGAGCUGCAGGUGCUGGAGCAGUUCCUGGCCAUCCUGCCCGAGGAGCUGCAGAUCUGGGUACAGAAGCACCAUCCUGAGAAUGGAGAGGAAGUUGUGAUUCUGCUGGAGCAAGUGGAGAGAGAGGCUCAUGGGCUAGCUGGGUCUUUUUUUGGACUAAGAAAGGCCGCAGCUGUGGAUGAGCUGGUACCUUGGGAAAUCACUCCGAAAUUACCAAGUAGCCAGCGGAAGCCCUUGAAGCAGCCGCAGCGGCCAUCGUGGGAGCUGCCCCCCUUAAGACAGCAUGAUGAAGACACCAAAACUAUAAAUGAGAAAUCUGCUUCAAGGAAGAAAACUUUCUCAGGUGUGGACCUGCAUUGUGAUGUUUCUAGCACAUUUCCAAUGAAUGCUUCCCCAAGUUUCACAUCUACAGGAACCUGGGAGCAAGAUGGCAGGUUUGAAAGAAGACAGGGAAACCCCUCUCGAAGAAAACAACACAAGUGUGAUGAAUGUGGAAAAAUCUUUAGUCAGAGCUCAUCCCUUAUUUUACAUCAGAGAAUCCACAGUGGGGAGAAGCCGUAUGCGUGUGACCAGUGGGCGAAAGCUUUCAGCCAAAGCGCCAUUCUGAUUCAGCAUUGA